ACGCUUCGGUGCCGCUUCUCCGUCAGUCGUACCACAGAGGCGACCUACGACGGAUUCGAACUUAACGUCUACCUCGACACGCACGGUCCGUAUUCUCUGCGCCUUUUCUCAUCCGAGGUGCAAUAGCAAAAGUGUUGGGUGACACGUAUUGAGUAAUAGUUGGCACGUUGCGGAUAACGCGUGUAUAUCCGCCCGGGGAGAUAAUAAUAGUACGGGAAGGGGAAGAAGAAAGUGUCGACGUAAUUGCGACCCCCGGUUCACGGAGUGCGGCCUUGAGGGGGGGCGGUGGCCAAUAAAUAUUGAAAACUUGUGUUGAAUAGAUUCUGUGCUCGACCUUCGGGAAUAUCGUCGUUUUUUCCCGCUACCGACUCUAACCCCGCGAUGUUGAAGCUCGCCGCGCUUUUCUGCCUUCUGGCAAACGCUCUGGGCGCUACCCAUCCACCGUUCAAAGUGAUAUUCGAAUGGAACGCUACGGAGUUCAAUUGGGCAUCACCGGAAGCCCUCGACCAGGCUAUAAAGCACAAAGAGUACAUAGUGGAGAACAACGCGAUCGCCGGCAUAAAAAUAUGGAAGAACAAAAUGUACCUGACGAUACCGAGGUGGCGAAAGGGUGUACCGGUGACGCUGGGCGUCACCUCCGCCACCCCGGUGAACGACGUUACCGCGCCGAAAUUGGACCCCUAUCCCAACUGGGACAUGCAGACUCUGGGCGAUUGCAACGCAUUCCAAUUCGUACAGAGCAUGGAGAUCGACCCGCUCGGCAGAAUGUGGGUCCUCGACACGGGUAGGACGGAAACGAUGGAACUAAAACCGGAACCGAGGUGUCCGCCUCGCCUGGUCAUCCUGGAUCUGGAGAACGAGGGGGCCGUCCUCAGGAGUUACGUGUUCCCCAAGGAGGUAGCGCCCCCCGAUUCCGCCUACCUCAACGACAUCGUGGUCGAUCACGAGAACGGGGGAGCCGCUUACAUAACCGACAACGGACACGACGAUCCCGGAAUCAUAGUGUUCACCCUAAAGGACAACAAGUCCCGCAAAGUGAGGCACAAGUCGAUGAGGGCUGAGGGCGAGGCCGAAAAUUUCGUCGUAGCCGGGGUGAACAUACUUUCGCCGAUGCACGUGGACGGUAUAGCCCUCUCACCGCCGGGGGGCGAGAGGCAGGUUUACUACUCGCCGCUGUCUUCGUUCCACCUCUACGCGAUCUCAACGUCGAUUUUGAGGAACGAUUCGUUGACCUCGAUCGAAGACAGCCACGUACAGGAAUUGGGGCGUAAGAGUUCGCAGACCGACGGCAUGGUGAUGACCAACCAGGGCGUCCUUUAUUUCGGACUUUUGGCCGACGACGCCAUCGCCAUGUGGGACACGAACGUCAAUCCCUCGUUCGCCUCCGGUCUGAGGGUGAUCUCCAGGGAUCACAGCCUCACCCAGUGGCCCGACACAUUUGCCAUCGACGAAAGCGGGCAUCUCUGGUGCGUGACGAACGCACUUCAAAAUUACAUGAACCACAGAAUCGACAUCAACAGACCGAACUUCCGAGUGGUGAGCAGUUCGACUGCCGCGAAAAAUUAUCAGUACAACAAGGACGGUACGAUUCCCGCUCUUCCCGUGAUCACCGCUGCCGCCGAUCGCGUCAAUUUCACGCUGUCGCUCUGCCUGACCAUCCUCCUGGUCUUCCUCGCCCGUUAAAAUCUACACGACGAUCGUGACAAUGGCGAACUCUCCAUUUUAAGCAUAUAUCUAUCAUCUUUGUAUGUUACACGAAUGUAUUUAUACCAUGUAUAUGCAAUUAUCUCUACGAGCCCUCGAUACGACCGCACCGAAAGAUCAAAGAAUAUUUAAUCGAAGUGCGGACAAAGUGCGCGGUUCCUGUGGGAGGAAAAAAAUAGACUCUGAUAUCUUCCACCUUAUAUACGCGAAUUGAAUUUUCAUUUCAUUUUAUUUUAUUUUAUUUUAUUUUAUUUUAUUUUUCAAAUAAUACGAUCACUGAUUUUCCCGCAGCUCCAUCGUUCGUCGUUCUCACAGUCAUUCCUCCAAUACAUCGACCAAAAAUCAACUGUUACAGUGAUCUGUUGUCUUUAUUUAUUUUUUUCUUUACAUUUUAUUGCCUCUUCUUUUAUUCGUUACAAAUAUUUUUUCUUCCAACUUUUAAUUCGUAUUAGAUUCAUAAAAAAAAAAAAAAAACGGAACAAAGAUCCCAUCGGCUCCUGCAGGAACGGCGAAACGAUGGAUAUGAGACGAAUUGAAGAAAAAAAAACGUCCCAUUCUUACGUAUAUAUAUACAUCAAUUUUUAACCAGCUAAUGCGACCUGCACCUAUAUAAUAAUUCGAAUCUUUAUUGCGCAUAAUUGCUACGUACCUAUAUCCCAUUUAUUUUAUUUUAUUUUUCUUUCUUUUGUUUUGAUUUCGUCGUUAUUACUGUAGAAAAUUAUGAUGCACAUCUGUAUACGUUUCGCGCGCACUAUUUAUCAUGAAAUAUAUGAAUAUAUAUUUAUAUAUAUAUAUAUAUAUGCAGUGGAACUGUGGAUCAAAGAGAUUUAUUUUUAAUUUAUACGAUAUGACGACCUUUUGAGAAGGUCAACCGCCCUCCGCGAUGUCCAGAUGGGGAAGAACCUCGAUACACUCGUUGCCUUACAUCUCAUUAAGCGGCCUUAUUUUAUUAUAUUAUCUCAUAGUUUAUAGCGAACCGUACUAUACCAUAUGUAUUGCAUACGAAUUCUGUACAUACAUAUACAAUGAACCACGGAUGUAUUUUUAUAAAAAAAUAAAAAUAAAAUAUAAAAAAUGGCGCGCGGAACAAAAAUUCAUAAGUAUAUAAUUCGAUAUAUUUAUCCGUACAUGUAUUACGCAUAUGUAAUGAUGAUUUAGAUCAAAUAGAAUAUCGUAGAUAAUAUUGACUAUUAUAUAUAUCCAUUAAUGUUAUAUGAAAAUUAGAUUGAAUGUUUCACGAACGAGGCAAAAACUACUUAUCACAUUUAAUUGAAUAAAAUAACACGCUGGCAAAGACACGAAUCAAUCGCACGUUAUGCAUAAUUCGAUAAUUUUUUUUAAACGAAUUUUUUCGAACAGAAAAAAAGAGAUACGAAAAAUGGUCCAGAGUUAGGACGUGCGCGAGAUGAGGAUAUUUAAUGAAAUUUCACGAAAGAUAGGUCUUUAUUUAGCCACGAUCUCGUGCCCACGCAUAUACAGAAAUUCACGCACAAUUCAAACGCACUAACGAUGUCCAACGACCGUUCAUCGCCCCGCAUAGAGACUCGAAUUAAGACGAGAAAACGAAUGAAGAAAAUAAGCGCGGCGUUUCACGGGGUGCAUCGACCCACGAAGAAAUUCUAUACAGUACGGCGAUUUAUAAACGAAGAGAAGAUAGUUUUAUUGUUAAUAUGUAUAUGUAGUACGAAAAAGAAAAAAUAAAUAAAUAACGACGAAUGGAAAAUGA